CAAUAUUUGGUCUUCUUGGUACAUUUGCUCCAUCAGUUUUGAAACAUUGAAUCUACCACUUAUACCGAGAAGUGUCUAGACGCUCUAUACCCAGAACCGCCAUUAUUCGGGCCUUAAUUUGGAGACGCUAUGCUUGGGCUUGGUGCAUAUCAAAGCAGUAGCGAAGACGAAGGAGAAAACGAGACCCCUUUAACGGCGCCUAAGCAUAGGACUAAGGAACAACCUGUUCAAGAGCCACAAGUCGCAGAUGUUAAUGCACCCAAAACAUUGGAAAAGAGAAGUCUUAUCCCAAAAAUAAACACGAAUGCGAAGCCAGUCGGACCGGUUCUUGGGCCUUCGCAUCCUCAGGGACCACAUGUAGCAAGCGGGGGUUUCCUCGACGGCCCAUCUUCUCCCUUUUCAACAUCUCUCGCAUUAACACACGAUUUAACACUCCCUCCUGUCCCAAAUCUAGAUAUACCGUCAUCUCCGCCAGGCUCCCCUAAUCCCAAGGCAAAUGCCAAGUUCGCGCACUUCUUAUCAUUAAAAAAACAGGGUACACAUUUUAAUGAGAAACUUGCCGGCUCCUCUUCACUCAAGAAUCCGAACUUGCUCACGAAGAUGAUGAAUCAUGCGGGAAUCAAUGAUGAAACGCAAUACUCUACUUCACUACCUCCCGACCUUUGGGAUUUGUCCAAUUUACCGAAUUGGGGUUACAAGGAGGAACUCUUAAAGACACAGAAAGAGAUCUAUUACAAAACGGAAGAGAAACGGUUUAGUGGCCAAAGAGAUUCUAUUGAAUUUGUGUCAGGGACGUCUGAAGGCAGUGGCCGGUCGAAUUUGUCAAGUUCAAAAACUAAAGCGAAUGCUGCCGGUAGAGGUGCGAAGUCUUGAUCCAAGCCAUUGCAAAGCCAGACCAAGUAGGGUUUGGCUGCCGGAGCUAGGUCUUUUAUCUAUGUUAUUGAACUACAACCUGUCGGAACCGAGAGCAUGAGUUGCAACAUCUACCUGUGGCUGAUGCCAACCCGAGGAUAAACCUAAGUGAUAGCAAAGUGAAGAUGUUCCAAUAGCUUUGGCGAACAUCUAAAAUCUAGCACCUAAUCUGAAAACAAUGUGAUAUUAUCAAAGGAAAUAUACACUAGGAAGAAGCAAAAUAGAGGGUUGGUAGAAUACAGUGGCUGCAAUGAUCCGGGCAG